AUUUUCUGUUAUUAUUUGGUGUGUGUUUGAUAGUUUUAUUACCAACAUAGGUAUUGGUGAAGUCCGUGGGUGAACUUGCCUACAACAUGAAAUAAACCACAAGUAGUUAGUAUACCUAGUCAACAGCACAGUCGACUUUAGUUCAUUGCAAACACAGAAUACAGAAGUGAAACAUAUAUCUAUCCUAGGUAUUUUGCACUUGUAAAUGAAAGGAAAAGCAACUUGAUGCGGUCAACUGAAGCAUCGGAACAUAGAUAAAUAUCUCGAUGACUUAUGUCGUAUAAAUUUGAACAGAUCUCGGAGCCCUUGGUCUUGGGAGAGGGCCCUCAUUGGGAUGACCGCACUCAAGCUCUGUACUACAUCAGCAACCAAGAACCUACUAUCCAUAAAUACGUGCUGGCUACCAAGGAACAUAUCAAGACCAAACCUAACCCUGGGCUUCGCGACGUCAUAGCCCUGAAUGCAAACGAGAACCCGCUAAGACGAGAGAUUCUUGGAACCAAAGAUAUUUCAAUUACAGGCGGCUACGUCAGUUUCAUAAUCCCAGUAGAAGGCAAACCAGAUUACUACGUGGUAAGCCUGGAGCGCCGGUUUGUCGUCGUCCACUGGGAUGGUCAGAAUAACAGCGAGGUUAAGAUCGUGAAGGAGUUGUUUGAGGUGGACCAGCAGACCAAGAACUAUAUCAAUGAUGGCAAGGUGGACCCUAGGGGAAGACUUUAUGCAGGUACCAUGUCUCACCAGGAAAGUCCGGGAGUUUUCGCCCAAGGAUUAGGAUCUCUGUUCCGUCUGGAUGGAUCCAAGAACAUCAGAACACUGGCGACAGAUGUAACCAUAUCAAACGGCUUAGCGUGGGACGAGCCAGCUAAGAUCAUGUACUAUGUAGACUCGAAGGAAAAGCGCAUUAGGAGAUACGACUGGGAUCCUGACACUGGUGACAUUUCAAACCUGAAAUACGUUGUCGACUUCGAAAAGAGCGGCGUUGAAGGCGUACCAGAUGGAGGCACCAUCGACACCGACGGGAACCUCUGGUGGGCAGUCUUCGACGGUUCCUGUGUGCUCCAAAUUAACCCUAAAGCUGGGAAAAUCUUGAGAAAGAUUGAGAUCCCGGCCAAGCAGGUCACAUCAUGCACAUUUGGCGGUCCCAAUUACGAUAUUUUGUUCGUUACGACUGCUAACUUCACGGGAGAUCAGCCGCCGCCUAGUGGAGCUACCUUCAUGGUUACUGGUCUUGGAGCCAAAGGACACCCAAAUAGAAACUUUAAAUUAGAAUAAAGUAGCUGUUAACCGCG